AGAUUUUUAUCUGUAUUAAAUGUCUAUUUCUUUUAAUGAACUAACUAGACGCAAGUAUCAGAAUUCUUACAUUCCAAUGGAAACAAAGAAAUGACAGCGCGCGCCACGAUACAUCAUUAAUAGCAGUUGAAGUUGUAACCGCACCAUCGCACGUGUUCCUCGUCUGUGAGCAGAAGAAGGAUUAAAGACUAUCCCGGGCGUUUUGACAAUUUUCUGCCUCUGAAAGGAUUUUUACCGUUGCCUCUUUUAUCGGCGGUUUAUCAGUGGUCAGAUGGAAAAGCAGCCUUUGCCAACUGAUGAUGACAAGACAGGAGGUGUAGAUGUGGAGGUUGAUGGAUACACUGAAGGCGAGAGUCAACAGGGCUCCUCUGAGCCUACAGCCCGAGCAGGGUGGAACAGUAAAAUAGAGUAUUUUUUGGCUCAAGUGGGAUUCAGUGUGGGACUCGGCAAUGUCUGGAGGUUUCCAUAUUUGUGCCACCAGAACGGAGGAGGAGCUUUUCUCCUGCUGUAUGUGCUGCUGAUGCUGGUUGUGGGCAUUCCCUUGUUCUUCCUGGAGCUGGCAGCUGGUCAGGCUAUCCGACAAGGGAGCAUCGGAGUGUGGAAAUACAUCUCUCCAAGGCUCGCAGGCAUUGGAUAUUCCAGCUGUGUGGUCUGUUUCUUUGUGGCUCUCUACUACAACGUGAUCCUUGCAUGGAGUCUUUUCUAUCUUGGUAGCUCAUUUCAGUAUCCUUUACCUUGGGAGAAGUGUCCAGAACAGGGAAAUGUAACAGUAAAAGAAUGUGAGCAGAGCUCCCCCACAUCAUACUUCUGGUUCCGCAAAGCUUUGGAUAUCACAGACUCAAUUGAUGAGGUGGGCUCUUUUAACCCUUACAUUGUCUGCUGUCUGCUGGCGGCCUGGACCAUUGUGUGCCUGGGAAUGUUCAGAGGUAUCAAGUCCUCUGUCAAGGUGAUGUAUUUCUCCUCCAUCUUCCCUUAUGUGGUGCUGAUCUGCUUUCUGAUCCGAGGGCUCCUGCUGGAUGGAGCCUUAGAGGGAAUCACUUACAUGUUUUAUCCUAAGAUAGAAAUCUGGGCAGAUGUGCAGGUGUGGCGACAGGCAGCCACGCAGGUUUUUUUUGCUUUAGGCCUCGGCUUUGGGUCCAUCAUCGCCUACUCCUCCUACAAUCCCAAGAACAACAACUGCCACCGUGAUGCCUUCACUGUCUCCUUUAUAAACUUCCUCACGUCUGUGCUGGCCACGCUGGUUGUGUUUGCUGUGCUUGGCUUCCGAGCCAAAAACAAAGUCAUGGCAUGUGUAGUCAGUAACAUAGAGAUGCUUUCAAAGCAGUAUCACCAUGGUUAUGUGGACAAAAGCCAAAGGACAAACUUUAACUUCUCUGAUCCCAGUUCUGUGGAUCUACAGCACUACACUGCCUGGUUCAAACAGUAUGGACAUCAGGUCCCUGGGAAUUUAACAGAGUGCAGUUUGGAAAAAGAGAUGCAGAAGGGUGUCGAAGGCACUGGCCUGGCUUUCAUCGCCUUCACAGAGGCCAUGUCACUCCUGCCUGGAAGCCCCUUCUGGUCUGCACUUUUCUUUCUCAUGCUGCUCAACCUCGGACUUAGCACCAUGUUUGGUACUAUGGAGGGCAUCCUCGCCCCCCUAACUGACAGCUUUAAAAUAUUAGCAAGAAACAAGACCAAACUCACAAUUAUCAGCUGCAUCUUUGGCUUUCUGAUUGGCCUACUCUUCACCCAGCGCUGCGGGAACUACUUUGUGACAAUGUUUGAUGAUUACUCCGCCACCCUGCCUCUCAUAAUCGUGGUGGUUUUUGAAACUUUCAGUGUGUCUUGGCUCUAUGGAGCAGAUAGAUUCCUAGAUGACAUUGAGGCAAUGCUGGGCUGGCGUCCCACUGUCAUUUACAAGUACCUGUGGAAAUACGUUUGCCUGCUGGCUAUGCUGGGACUGCUGGGAGCCACCACUAUCCGCAUGCUCAUCAAACGACCCACUUACAUGGCGUGGAACCAAGAAACGGCUUCUGAUGGUCAUUUGCCAUACCCCGACUGGGCACUGGCCGUUCUGGCGUUAUUGAUCAUCAUUGCCAUGCUGCCCGUCCCCGCAGGUUUGAUCCGCUCUGUUCUGCUGGACCGCAGAAAGCCAACAUCCAGAGACACAGAGGUUGGUCAGUACAGCAUUGUUAACACAGAUGAGACUCCAAUGACGGACAUGUCUGAGCUGGACCAUAGAAACGGGUUUGCUGCUUCUGUUUCCUGAAUGCUGGACUUCAAACAGUGAAACUUGACCUUCAGUAUGCACUAAACAUUUUAAAAAGGGGCCAUUUCUGAAGAAAUUUGAAUUAUCUCACAGCUUUUGGCGCACAUGUGGGACAUGCGUUUCUAUAAUUUAUUUAAUAUUUAAAAGUUCUGUUUUUUUCCCUUUUUCAAGAUUUAUUUAAAUGAAGCCCAUGCACCUGUAGGCGAUCAUGGUGCUGUUGAAUAUUAUUAUUGUCCUGGCAAAAAUACAAAAAAAAGAUAAAGUCAAGUAUGUUAACUAUGGAACAAGUAGCUUAUUACUGAAUGAAACUCCAAAGUGGGAUUUACUACAGUCUUUUAUUUUACAGAGCCAUCCGCCUCAUGUUAAAA